GCACCUGAGUUACUGGUUUAUAUUGCGAGAAAACACGAUAUGUUAAUAAGAAUGACAUAAACAUCUACUGUCAAUGCCAAAAUAUCUACGCAAAAUAAUGGAUACGAAACAGAGACAACAGAGAGAUUACCUUCUUCCUCUGGAUGUGUAAAAAAAUUGUGUCUCCAUGGUAACAGAGUGGCUUGGGAAUGCCUGGACGGCAUUGUACUUUUACCUGGUGAGACCAAUGUGGAAGUGGGUACUUCGCAAGUACACUGGUCAGUGUGAGCUUCUGCGCAUAUCAUACCAGUAUGAUGAGGGCGCUAAACGUACCAAGAGAAUUGAAAAGUCGCUGAAGCUCUCUGGGGUGACCUGUCUGAAGGAGCUCUACAAGUCUGACAACAUCCCAGAUGUUACAGUUGCUGCUCAAGAGGUGAUGACCAUUAAGUCCAUUGUAGCGGAGGUCCAUCCCAGAUUUAUGGACUGUUUCCAAGUCUGUCUCUGUCAGAUUUGUGGAUAUAAAAAACUGAAGAAUGAAGUGGACAGCAUAAAAAAAGUGCCAUAUUCCGCAGAAAAUCCAGAUCAUGAAACAAAGCUAUUGAAGUUAUGGAAGGUCAUGAUGCCUGAUGUUAAACUUGAGAUGAGGAUCAGCGACCAAUGGAAAGAAAUUGGUUUCCAAGGUGACGACCCCAAGACUGACUUCCGGGGCAUGGGCAUUCUGGGCUUGUACCAACUUCUAUAUUUCGCUGUGGAGCACUCGGAGCAGUGUCAGAGAAUUUUAUCACGCUCCCACCAUCCAACCUAUUGGUAUCCAUAUGCUGUGGUUGGCAUCAAUAUGACUAAAGUCGCAUAUGAACUGUUACAAAGUGGAGCCCUACGCACACACUUCUACAAUACAUCAAAGGAUCAACCUUUCCUCCAGGAUUUCCAUGAAGUAUAUUGCUACAUGCUGUUUGAGUUUGACAAGUUUUGGAUCGACUCAAAGCCAAAAGACAUUAUGGAAUUUGGAAGACUACAGGGAAAAUUUAGGAAACGUGUUCUUGAUAAACUAAAAAAUGACCCGUCCACAGUUUUAAGAGCUGAUUUCCAGAAAGAAAACACUAGACCAUGACAUAGACGAAUACAUUAGUGGUUAUCUACUAAAUGGAAGGAAUUGAAAGAAUAUUGGAAUAUUUUCUGGUUUAUAGAUUCUGUAUUAAUGCUGUAUGCUGUGUAUAUGUGACAACUGUGGAUUUGAUGAUGAAAAUAACUAGUCAACCUGUAAGCAAUUUUGUUGAUUUUUAUUUGACACUGAUAAGAAUCUUUUUGAUUGAGAACAUUUUCAUAGGUCACCACCUCAAGAGAUUUUCAAGAUAUUUGACCCCAACCCCUUUUUCAUGGAGAUUACUGUAGAAGACUAAUACUUUACUGUUAGUGUGAGACUGAAAAACCGAAUCAGUUAUAUUUGAAUAUUUUGAAAAUAGGUCCAUCUAUUUGCUCUCCUUGUAUUGUAAAGGAGGCAGGUUAUUCUUUGAAAGAAUAAAUUGUCUUUGGAAAAAUUAAUCAACAUUUGUCGAGGAACUUUUAAUGGUUUGAGUGUGUAUUGCUGCAACAAUAUAAUGGAAGUGAUCAGGUAGGAAUCUCAAUCUUACUGGUAAGUGCUGACAAGAAUAUGAGGGAUGUAGUCAUUUACUCAAUAAUAUGUGAUGUGUUGAAAGAGCAUUAUAACAUGAGAAUCAAUUUCAUUCCGAAGGUCAGUUAUUGUUUUGAAAGUUUUGAAAAUUUUAAACACACUGAUUGAGUCAUAGAGUGAUUUUUCUACAAACUGUCUUUGUUUAAUUCAAUUUUUUUUAUAAAACGUAACAUUUAGAAUCCUCAGAAUGAGUUCAGAUUUUAAAAGAUGUGAAUUUUUUUGUUUAUCUCAUCAUUUUUAUGUUACACAGUCAUGUUUCAAAGAGCUUUCUUGUUUUUUUGUUUUUUUUUCUGCUUUAAUAUCCCUUACAGUGAUGUAAAGUUUUUAACAUAAUAAUAGAUUUAGCAUUCAUCAUAGCUAUUGUUUUUUCUGUGCAAGUAUUGAAUUUUUACCAUACCAUCAACUGGAGCCAUUUUAUAUCCCCAUCCCCCACCAACAACCUAGGUCAUUACAGGAAAGGACAGGUGCACUCAUCCACAAGAAGAAAGGUAUUGUCGCCUGUCUUUUUCUUAUACAAUAAACCUAAUAAUGCUCUCUUUAUUGGGCAUAUUUGUUCAGUUGAUAACUUUUGAAUAUUAAAGUCAUAACUUGUAUCCCACUUUGACAAUAUUGAACAGUUGAUAUCACAUUCUGUAGAACCUAAGAUUGUGAUUCUGAUAUUGGGUGGUGCACCUUAGCAAAUACAGAGUUAUGCCCCUUUGUUGAAUUGCCUUGUUUUGUUUACUUCUGAUUUUGAAAAUUACUUCUAAUUUCAUUUUUUAUUCUGGAAUUUUUUCCCUCUGAUAGAUACAAACAAGGUUUAUUGGAAGAUUGAUUAGAUGGAAGAAUUUUAGGAAAUUUUUGUAUAAGCAACUUAUUUGAAAUUCAGCGAGUUCAAGCAAAUAAAUUUGUUUGCUGAUCUGUACAGUUUACAAUGAAGCAUCAAAGAGACUGAAAAUGUCCAAAUUUCUGUUGCUCUAAACUCAAAAAAGCAGCAUUUACAAAAAUCUCAUAAAAUUAUGUGAUUGUUGUAUAAAAGAGAAAAUUGUUGGUUGUCAUGCUACUAUGAUGAUUUUUUCAAUUAAGAUUAAAAGAGUCACAAAAUAAAUCAUAAUUUUUAAUUUUGAUGUCGUAGUGUCAUUUGAGUAGAGUUUGUCAAGUCUUAAAUAUAGUCAAAUAUUGGAGCAAGAAAGUUUUAUCCAACACUUUUAAAUCUUGUACCCUAACAGUUUAGUCAAAAAGAAAAAAAAAGGAAAUGAAAAUGAUCCAUGACAACCAAUACCGAUGAAUAUGGAAUAAAUUGUUGUAAGAUUU